AUUUUACAAAUUUCAUCGAAUAUUCAUCAUUCUUCAUCACGCACUUGUGAUAAACAGACAAACAACAGCAGACACAUUUAAGAACGAAAACAACUUUCGAUUAGUACAUAAAACUAUUUUUAAACAAAUUAGUGACAAUAAUAAAAACACAUAUUUGUGAAAUACAAUAAAAAUUACGUGUUAGCAGUGAAAUAAAAAGCGCAGAAAUGCUACCACGUCGCUCAAUCGUUGUUGUACAAGCGUUGAAACAACAUUGUCGCAAAAUGUCGCAAGUCGGUGAGUUAGGCAGCGGUGCAGGCAAGGGUGGCGGUGGUGGUGGUUCCAUACGCGAGGCAGGCGGCUCUUUCGGCAAAAUGGAGGCAGCACGCGAAGAGGAAUUCUUCUAUAAGCAGCAAAAGGAACAACUGAAGAAUCUAAAGACCAAAAGCGACGACGCAGGAAAGCAUACAAAUGCCACCGCACAACCGGCGAAAUAAUGAAAUGAUGCAAGUAGACGAAAUAUAAACUAAAUAGCAAGGAAUUUUGGAACAACGCCAAUUGGUGUUUAUACCCCAAUUUUUUGCACGCAAAUGUGCAUAUACGAAUUUUAUAGUUAAACGAGUAGCUUUUACUACUAAUACCAAAUAUUUAAAUAUGGUAUAUUGUUACUGAUAUUGAUUUACCCUAAUAUAUACAAAAAAAAAUGUA